CUGUUUCCUCCUCUCUAGUGGCUGUGGUUAGUGCUAAGAGAGUUGGUACGUGUGCAUCGCAGCAUCAUUGCAAACAAGUCUUAACAAAAAGGAAGCUAGAUGUUUUCAUCUUCACAUCAGACACCGGGGGUUCUGCCUGGAUAAGGUUGCCUAGGUUCCUGCUAGUGAAUCUAACUCAAAAUGGAGAUACAACCCAACAGUCAAGUAGUCCUGGCAGUCUACAUAAUCUCCUUCGUAAUCGGGCUCCCAGCCAACAUCCUGGCUCUCUUCACUUUCAUCAAGAAGGUGCGACAAAAUCCAACACCCGUGGAUAUCCUGCUGCUCAAUCUCACCGUCUCCGACCUGGUCUUCCUGGUGUUCCUGCCUUUCCGAAUGAAGGAGGCCGCGGACGACAUGAAAUGGAACAUGCCAUACUUCCUCUGCCCUUUAUCGGGCUACAUCUUCUACAUUGGCAUCUAUAACAGCACCUUCUUCCUCACGGCCAUAUCUGUGGAGCGCUACCUUGGGGUCGCAUUCCCCAUCAAGUACAAGCUGAAUAGGAGGCCCCGCAAUGCCGUGAUCUUUGGCUUUGUGGCCUGGGGGAUCUCGAUGGCGCACUGCAGUAUUGUCUACAUCAUGCAGUACUACGACCACAACAACAAGACGGCCAUUGACCCGAAUGAACGCGACACGUGCUACGAAGAGUUCACCUCGAAGCAGCUAAGCAUCCUCCUCCCGGUCCGUCUUGAGCUGUGCAUCGUGCUGUUCUGCGUGCCGCUCGUCAUCUGCUCAUUCUGCUACAUCAACUUCAUCCGCAUCCUGUCGCGGUUGCCCAACAUCAGCCUGCGUAAGCGCAACAGGGCCAUCGGCCUGGCUGUGGGAACCAUGCUGGUGUUUGUCGUCUGCUUCGGGCCCUACAACCUGUCUCAUGUGGUGGGCUACAUCAACUGGAAGAGCCCCACGUGGCGCAAGAACGCCGUGCUCACCAGCACUUUCAACAUGUGCCUGGACCCCUUCAUCUACUACUUCUCCUCGUCUGCGCUCAGGAGCACGUUCAGGAACCUCAUGAGGAGGAUGGUGGACAGGUUGCGCCUGCGGUGCUGCAGCAGGGCAUUCUACUGCCCCUCGUUGAACUGCACAGAUGCGGAUGAACGCACACAUACCUCCAACGAUAGCUCACGCUAGGCUGGCCCAGGUCUGUGCUUCAACUCAUACUAAGGUGACCUUUGUUUUGUUUUGUUUUUGUUAUUUUUAGUUUUUUGUUUGUUUGUUUUUGGAAGCAGCUUUUUUAUUGACAUUACUGGAAUUUCUUUCCUGCUUGAGAGUUGCAACCCUCGUGUUCUCAGUCAGUGCUUGGUGAUUGUGCUGGCGUGAUCAGCCUGUACUUUUUGUUCCUUUUGUUUUGUUUAAAAGGACUUUUUCUAUUGACAAAUCUAGGACUACUUGCAACAUGUUUUAUGACCUGCAGCCGUUUGAAUGUAGCAACCCAGAUUAUUUUGCUUUACUUCCUCCUGCAGAGAAAAACAGCAUAACAUCUAACGCACCCACUUUUUGUGGUCUGAUGGCUGAUCAUUCCAUUUAUGGUGAUUAAGAUGUUUCAGUGACGCUUGGAUUCAGUCUGUUGUAAUGUUGCACAAUGAAUGGAUAUCCAUAAAGAAAUAUUUACCUAAA